GGCGCAGUAUCGUCCCGACCGUCGUCGCGUGCGCACGUUAUAGUUGUGUCUGGACGUACCUGUGAAACGCGCGUAAAAUCACCGCCGUCGCCGUCGCCGUCGCCACCUCCCCCUUCCCCGAACGUCCACGUCCGGUGUCCCGGCGAGGGUGAGAUCCACGCGUGACGCGUAGUACUCGUCCUCUCCUACCGUCCCCCCGUAUCCCGCUUCUCUCUUUCUCUAUCUUUUUUUCUUCCCUUUUAUCUCUCUCUGUCCGUAUUAUCUCUUCACGUUUCCUUCUUCCCGUCAUUCCGUUACGAACGUCGCGCGUCGUCGCUACUUUUACUCGGCCGCACGCAGUAUAAACAACAACGCCUACGCACGAGGGUCGCAAGUGGAAAGUGUUGCGCUGCGACAAAAAAAACGGUGGAUUCGGUGAUCGAUCGUCAAAUCGCGCUGAACGGGGAGCUGCACGUCCCAUUGCAUGAUGCCCCUAUGGACGAAGUUUAUCAGUAUUGAACAACGUGACCAUUCUCGAUGAACUUGGGCGUAAAAUUUAGAAUAUCGCGGUCAGCGCGUUGCCGGGCCUGAGAAGGAGAACGCCAGGACAACGACAACGGAGGAAGCAGCUCGACAUAAGAGGACAUGAGAGGGGCUUCUCGAUCGGCUCUACAUCGAUGAAGCCGUCCUGAUGCAGACCGCGGAACUACGCGGGGAUCACCCGGCCUGGUCGUCGGACUAAUUCCAUCGGCGGGCCCCAACGACUUCACGGAGCAGCGAGCUAGGCCGCUCUCUCAUCCCCAUCGACGGCAACAGACCCAGCCACUUCCACUUCCUCCACCCCACGUGGCCGCACCAUCACCUGAUAAGAGCUGGAGAAGCGGCCGCAGCCGCAGCCGCCUCGGAGCUCUGAGGAGCUGGAGGAUCUGCAUAAGCUGCUGCACUUCCCCGAGGAGGUGGCGCUCAGGUUGACGGAAAGUGAAUACCAGCUAUUCUACCAGGUACCACCGCACGAGUACCUAAGGCACGUGGCGCAGGAUCAGACCACGUUGCAGAAACCACCUGCCAGGCCACCCCCGUCGCCGAGUCGCAGCUGCAGCAACCCCAGCACCGCCAACAGCUCGACCCAAACCGAGGACGAAUCAUCCUGGCCUGUCGCCACGGCGUACUCCACCGUGCAGGUCCUCAUCAAUCGUUUUAAUGAGGUAAGCUCAUGGGUCACCCACGCGAUCACCAGUGGUGCCACGGUAGAAGAAAGACAGGCAGUGCUGUCCUGUCUUCUACGCGUCGCGCUAACCUGUUGGAACACUGGAAACUUUAAUUCAGCCAUGGAGAUAAUUGCCGGUCUGAAGUCCAACAAGCUGAAGCCGUUUUGGCACGGCAUAAGCGAGCCGGUCCCGGUCAUGGAAUAUCUCUCCUCCGCCCUACUGUCUUCCGAAUACGAGUGUGCGCUCGCUCGCGCCCUCGCGAUGCCGGAAUGCCCGGUGGUGCCGUUCUUCGGGGCCUUCCUGCGCGAGCUGCGGGAGGUUAUCGCAUGCGAUAUAAAGCCCCAGCCCGAGUUCAAGGAAAAUCGCGAGUCACCACGUGCUAGCGUUAAGGAGAGCGAACCUCAAGAACACGUGCCUUCCUCUGCGCCGGUCGCCAGGAUCGCCGUCGAGAGUAACACAGAGACGCCGUCGGGAUGGAGUUCAAGGAGCGCAUCCUUGAACAAACCGGAGAACCCCAUCACACCAGCCCACGAUAUAAAUUCCGUUCUCGACAAAGUCGCGCUCUUCCACAAGCAUCGACAUGCUCGUGGCAGAGAUGCAACUACCGAUUCCCUUCAUCGCACCCUGAGCGUUCACACGACCGCGAUCGAGCCAACAUACAUGACGGAGGAAUGCGACGAGAAUGACUAUCAUCUUGAUUUAGACUCCUACAAGCCCGUGCAGCCGCUCAAAAUCGACCACGGAGUCGCUUUGUUUCCCGUUGCCGCGCCACACACUGGCAUGGAUCUUCAUCUCCUGCAGGUGCUGCAUCAUGGUACGACCUUGGUGCAUUGGGACUGUGAGGGUGGUACCUCGAGGACGGCAUUGGUAUUCGCGCGCGUCGAUCGCGCUUGUGGCACUUUCAUAUGGGAAAAGCCAACCUGGAGUCCCCUGAAAACGGCGCAAGUUGGCGGUGCCGUUCUCACUGAAUUUUCAUUAAGCACGAAUCCGGAGGACACGAUACCACCGGGCCUAGUCGGCAGGUACACGCAGCAGCAGGCUGACUGCGCUUUUGUCACAUUGGAAGAGGGAUACCUCGACCUGGGAUCGGUUAAGGAGAUAAUGAUCGGCUGUUGCGAUCGUGAUCGAGAAGCUGAUCUCAGGAGCAUUUGCAAAAGAUACGGCCUACCUGGCUCCGACUGCUGCAUCGGCCUCAUGUACGGCUCCAGUCUUCCGGACAAUCGACUGAUCUUCCUACUUUGUCCUCCCGCCCUUAGCAAAAUAUGGUACAUGGGAUUGUGCUGGAUAUUGCGAGGCCUCAAACGACAACAACAGUUAACAGAUCGUAGAUCACGUUGGUUGAAAGAAAAAUAUCUUCAUUUAUACUAUUCCUACUUGGAACAGCCGAUAGAAGGCUUGGAGCAGCCAACGACAGCCGAUGCUAUUCGCAUUUUCGGCGGUCGCGACUGGUCUAUGACAGAAAGUGUCGGCACGCUAUCCCCAACGAGCAGUAGCACUCUACGCAGACGUAAUGUUAAAGGCAAAAAGACAAAAUCGAUCGGCAACAUUCAUGCUUUAACUAAGGAUUUGAGUAUAAAACAGUACGAAACCUCGACUUCGGAUGGAGGUCUAUGUGCUACACCUCUUCGCCACAUUACGGGAAGCAGAGAAUCUUUAACGAGGAUUCUGCCAACAUCACCGAGAGCAAGUCGAGAUCGAGUCCCACCACGUAGCCCGCCCGGUACCGGCGAUCGUCUCACUUCCAACUUGCCUUACUCCGCUUUUCAAAGUUUGUUAUGUCUUACUAGAGAAAGGGACAGGAACGGGUCUGGUGGUAUGGGAGGUUUGGAGGCACCAUGGCAGGUGAAAGCGCGCACUACCUCGAUCAUGUACGAGACACAAUUGAACUUUGUGGAGUUCGUCGCGCUUUUCCGAUCAUUCAGUUUACGGGCCAGAAAAGAUUUGCGUGACCUAUUCGGCCAAUUAGCGAUAACGUGCCGUAGCCAAAGUGAUGGAUCAUUACGGGAAUUUAACAUCCGGCCGGUGGUACUCAGGCAGACCAGUGACGCCACUCCGCAAAGAAUCGGCUUGUUGACGAGAAACAACUCUAUUGAUUGUCACGAAUACAAGACGGGCAGCAAUCUACAGAAAAAGCAGAUCUUCGAUGCCGUCGCGGCGGCAAGUAUAGUCAAUAAUUGUUCGGGCGUGGACACAUCGAAAUCCCAAGUGAUCACUCUGGCAACAUUCACGAAAUUCCUGGAAUCGCGGCAGCAAGAAAAGAUGACCGACGAGGAAAUCAAAGCGUUGAUCAAGAGGCACGAACCGGACCCGGCACUUCGCACACAGUGGUGUUUGUCUUUCGAGGGUUUUGCACGGUAUAUGAUGGACAAGGACAACUAUGCAUUCCCGAACGAGUACGCGACACCGUCCGAAAACGAGAUGCAACAGCCACUGUCGCAAUAUUACAUUGCCAGUUCCCACAACACAUAUUUAACCGGGCAUCAACUCAAAGGAGAGUCCUCUGUGCAACUAUAUUCGCAGGUGCUCUUAACCGGGUGUCGCUGCGUAGAACUCGAUUGUUACGACGGUGACGACGGAUCCCCGCUGAUUUAUCACGGUCACACUUUUACUACGAAAAUACCAUUUCGCUCGGUCGUGGAAGCGAUCGAUCGAAGCGCCUUUGUCAGUUCCCCAUAUCCCGUAAUUCUCUCCAUCGAAAAUCACUGUUCGACAAGUCAGCAAACUCGUAUGGCUCAAAUAUUUCAGGCUGUUUUUGGUGAAAAAUUGGUGACGAAAUUUCUCUUUGAAUCCGACUUCAGUGACGAUCCUCAGCUGCCUUCGCCUUCGCAGCUUCGUUACCGAAUCUUGAUAAAAAAUAAGAAGAUGGUAGUCGAUCCUGCCGGCCCUUUGUCACACACGCCCAUCAGUCACCGUGGGAAAAUGCUCAUGUCGGAUCGCGCAUCCUCCAUGAAGCAAAUGCGGACUGACGUAAGCAGCGCAUCGGUCGUCGAAUACUUUAGCGAGGACGAAGACGACGAGGAGGACGACGACGAGGAUGACAACAUCGAUGAUAAUUCGAUUUCGAGUUACGAGAGAUAUCUGGGUGGCGCUCAAAUGUCGCACGGUCGUUUGAAAUCGGAUCCAGGCGGGGUGGACGACAAGACGCAAAAGCAGAGCAGCCAGAUAGCCAAGGAGCUGUCGGACUUAGUGAUUUAUAUGCAGGCGAUUAAAUUUCGCGGAUUAAACACCAUGCCAGCCGCACCGGGAAAAAUACGUCAUCAAUCGCAUACGGGGCCAGUUCAGAGGCACAGCAUCGCCGGUAUAGGACCCAGCAGUGUAGCCUCCUCGUCUGGAUCACCGCAAUCGCUUUCGACGUCCGCUUCAAUCGCGAGCGGCGGUAGCAACAUUGAUAAUAUCUUCAAAUCCACUCGCGGCCUUGCCAUGCCAGUCUGCUUUCAAUGUUCGUCUAUAAAUGAAAAUCAAGCGAAGAAGAUCUGUCGGAAGCAGCCGUUAGGCGUGAUUGCCCAUGCAGAAACGCAACUCAUUCGAACGUACCCUGCAGGAAUGCGCAUCGAUUCUACAAAUUUCAACCCUGUAAUAUUUUGGGCUUUCGGAAUCCAAAUGAUUGCAUUAAACUAUCAGACUGAUGAUGCGGGAUUAAAUCUAAACUCAGCCAUGUUCGAGCAAAGCGGUCAAUGCGGAUACGUUAGAAAACCGUCGGUGAUGUGGGACAAGGGACACAUGAUGUACAGACGGUUCAAUCCUUGGGAUAAAGAGUUUGACGGGCUGCACUCUGCACAUUUAAGUCUAUCAAUAGUCUCAGGACAAUAUGUCUCGGUUACGAAUUUCGCCACCAGCACGUACGUCGAGGUUGAGUUGAUCGGUAUACCGAUCGAUUGUGCGAAGCAUAAAACAAAAGUGAUCCAGAACAAUGCAUUGAAUCCCAUCUGGAACGAAAAAUUCUGCUUCCAAGUGAUGUUCAAGGAUCUCGCCUUUCUACGUUUCGGCGUUAUCGAGGCAAGUUCUCAUCACGUAAUCGCGCAACGCGUUAUACCGCUCAAGUGUUUACGGCCCGGCUACCGACACGUACGAUUACGAUCCUGUAAGAACAAGCCGCUAGCCCUUUCUACGCUCUUUAUCUAUUCCCGCUUGGAAGAGGAAAGUUUGGACUAUAACACCUGCUGCCGUGAUCACAAAGAAUCGUCUAAGCGUCUCUCGUCAAGCAAAGAGCCUGAGAAAUUGAGCACCGUUGAUCCCGGAUCUCUGGGUGGCGUCACCUUAAAGAGACGAAUGUUCUUCUUGAUGGUCUACCAUGUGAUACCGGACGAACCAUACACCAUUCUGAAGGUAACCCAGGAGAGUACUACGCAAGAGGUGAUGCUGCAGGCGUUACAGAAGGCGGGGAUAUCGCCGGAUCACGUAGAUGAAUACAUCUUGGUGGAAGAAGUGUCCCGCGGAUGGGAGAAAAAGGACAUGGAAGAGCUACCGACUCAACGCGUGCUGGAUCCUACGGAACAUCCCCUUCAAGCACAGGCCUUGUGGAAAGGACAAGGUCGCUUCCUACUGAAGAGAGUAGGCGAUGAUCCGAGCAGUAGAGCAUGGCUUGCCUCUAUUAGAAGCACAGCUGGCCACUCGAAACUUGAUACCAACACGAGGGACCAAUCUACUCACAUAUGGGACGAGGCAGAUACCUUUCUGGUUUGCGUCUAUAACGUCUCGCCCGAAAUCCCUUAUGCAAUUCUACGCGUGCCGAUAAGCAGCUCGGCGCAAGAUGUGCUCGCGCAAGCUUUAAUAAAGGCCAGAAGAAUGGAGAACCCGUCUAAGUUCGCUCUAGUCGAGGAGCUGGAAUGGGGUGGCGCAGGCGCUGUUGGAAGUGGAAAUCGUCAGCUGAGAGUUUUGAGCGAUGACGAGAAUGUUUACACCACGCAGGCCUUUUGGAAAACUCUUGGUAGGUUUAUUCUCAGAGAAAGAGAGCAAGCCAUUCCGAGACGGAACUUAUUACCCGCGACUCUCGACCGGCUCAGCAAGGGAUUUUCCGUGGGCAGAUCAGUGUCUCUGCCGGGAUCCAGUAAAGAAAAGGUGCCUGUUUCGGAAGCACUGUCAGACCCCACGUCUAGAGGCCUGAGACAGCGACUAAUGAUGUCAGGACGUAGACGAGAAGUACAUUCUGAUGGGGAAGACUCACGCGAGUCCGACUUUCUGAAUGCCGCUUUUCAUCUGAAGAAGGUCUCGUUCAGGAAACUGAUGAGCUGGAAGUCAUAGUGGCAGUCAAGGGCGACAUCGAUAUCAUCGAUCAUCGCCGCUCGGAGAAGUCACCUGUAAGUUUGUAGUCCAAUUACUGUGAUCAGAAUCCAGUUCUGAUUAUCUUGCGAAACGCUUCCUAUUGCCAACGAUAAUAUUGAGUUGCGAUCUCAAAUCAAAACAAGUGCUUGAGAGGAUCGAAAAUCGAUUUCACAUUGUCAAGAAAUUAUACAAUACAGGCAUCUGAGGAAGUUAGAAUCUUAAAGUUAGUCGAACGAUAAAGUACGAUCAGAAUAGUUAAAUAUCUAUCGCGAUAUAUACCAAAGAAAUAUCAGACAGCGUGUUUUUAUCACUGAUCAUGCGGUGACUCGAUAAAAAAAUACAACUUCUACGAUAGGCGGAAAAAGGAAGAAUCGAUUUCCUCAGAAAGCAGAAUAAUUUUUUGGAAAACAUCAAUGUUUGGAAAACAACGCAACAUUCUUAAACUCGAUUGCGCACGCGAUUAUUUCCGUGAUAUUUGAGCAAAAGAUUGGAGGAAUAAAAUCACCAUUGCUACAGACAGCAACUUCGGCGAAUUGAAUUUUCCCAAGAAAAACUCGGACGGUACUGAGAUGAAGAUUAUUACGCCGCCAUUUUCAAAGAUUUUUCAAGAGUUUUAAAAAUAUAGCAUAUCUGAAGUAAAACGACGUAGCACAAUCAUUAAGUGGCAAAGCGACGAUUCUCUUGAAUCCUCUUAAGUUUGCAUGAGAGCCAAGCAUCAUAUAUAGAUUUCGUUACGUGGCAGUAAAUUCAGUAUCAGCGGGUCGAUGCCGUAGCUGCCGCAUUCGACAGAGACGCGCUGGCGCGUCGUAAGAAAAAAAAAAAAGAAUUAAAUGCCACGCGUCGCGCCUGAUUUUAUUAUUUUUGUACAACGAAGGAAUAAGAAGAAGGAGGAUUGCACCGGGCGAUCUCUAAUUUUGCCAAACGACGAUUCUAAGUGAUUUUAGAACCGCGACACAUUCAUAAUAAUUAGACGUAUCGGAAGUGCUUCCCUAUUUGAAUCCAUGUUUUCAUUUGAAAUGUGUAUAUUGGAUCCGCCGCCGUUUAAUCGAUAAUAUGCCGUUAUCUUCAAGGAAAUUUCCGCAGCUUCACGUGACUUCCCGUCAUUCGUAAGCGAAUCAUCUUUUUAAUCAUUUACGUCGUACCUGAGAUUUUCCAUUGAUACAAAAGAGUUGCCCUUCCGCGCGAAAGAACUCUGUAAUAAAGUUAUAUAUCGCUGUUAUCGCACUUUGUUUGUUCGCUCUAUUAAUGUUAACAAUUUCUUUCUGCGUCUAGUCGACCAUGUGAUAAGGAAUUUGAGUAUAGAAUCCAAUGAUACAUCGUAAUGUAUAUUGAGAGUUGCUACUUAAAGAUCGUAUUUACUAUAUAUUGUUAACGCUAGAGGGUAGAUCGAUGUUGCAUUCUCGAUUACCGCCCCUCUCUCCUGACUGUUUUAGCGAGCGUAUGUAUACAUAGAUUGUAAAUACGAGACCAAGGAGUGUCGAUCGAGCGUAAAAACGCGUCCGAAUGUGCGCUAUCGCUCUAUUCAAUUAUUUUUUCACGUGACAAGGCAUUCGCGCGUCGACGAGCCUCGUCGCACACUCGAAGCCGGCAGCCUAAUUUUAUGAAAAAAUAAUUUCGCUAAUAAUGCUAAUUAAUUAACUAAUGAGGAAACAAUAUGGAAUCUGAUGUCGCAAACCAGUGAGGUCGCGAAAUAGCCUUGCCCCGUCUUCCACGUCUGAAUCGUUCCAGAUAUUUUAUAUUUUUUCGAGAUAGCCCCCCGCAGACUGACUUUUUAAGUGAAUCUGUAUGACACGAAAGCGCCGGGAUUUUUCAAUGCUGUGAGAAAAAUAUAUGUGAGAUAUAAUAUAUAUACACUCUCUAGUCACAUAUCCUUCCCCGAGAUCGUGCUUCGCGACGUCACUGGGGACUCUAUAUAUUUUUGGAUACCACUUCCUUCCUUAUCCUUCAUCUCUCCGAAAAUACUUAGUCACAUAUCCACACAAGAGACCAAACGGGCGAGACAGAUAAACGAAAUAAGAAACGAGAGACAAACAUGCAGACCAAUUACAUUUGUACACAUGUCCUUGAGUAAAGAAAAAAAAAUUAAAAGGAACAUUAUUUGAUAGAGUAAUUUCUAUGCAAGAAGGAUAUAAAGCGUAAGAAAACAGUUGUCCUAUCGAACAAUGAAAAGAAAAAUACAAUAAUUUGGCUGGUCUAAUUUGUAGAUCAAAAUCAGAAGAGAAGUAAGAUCUAAACGAAUUAUUUAUAAUAUCGUUAGAUUGCAAUCGUAAAGCACUUUCACAAAUACGUACUGGUCAGCAUCUAAUUAAUAAUCAUUAUAUUAUUAAGUAUUUGACAAUAUUGUAAGGUGACGUUAUAUUUCUUUUAAAAUGUAUUUUCCGUUGUCUCUACAAUUUUUGGGAACAACGUUAUAUAUGGGAAUACUUUUCUCAAUCGACAUAUUAUAAUUUCUUUUCUUCUCUAGAAAAGAUAUCCUACAUUAUAGAAAUCUAGAAUACAUUUAUCUCUUUACCUCUCUUCUAUUUUCCAAUCAUUUUGCAUGUAGCAGUAGCUGCAAUGCAUGUUAAAAAUUUGCAAAUGUUAAACAACCGAAGACAAAUAAAUGAAAAAAUAACGGAACAGCUCGGCAAGCGCAACAGGUACACAUGUAUUCCCGUCAUUGCGUGCAGUUUACUAAAAGAUAAGCGAGAUCAAAGUACAUCCCGGUACACCGCAACAGUAUUUAACAAUACUUAAUACGUAGCAGCAUCCUCAAGGAACAUUAUGUACAUAGCAGUAACGAACAAUGGCUACUAAUAACGUUAAUUAAUUACUGUAAUAAAUAUUCGACGCUCCUUGGACCUCCGAUUAAACCCCCUUAUCAAGAAGAUCAUCGAUUGUAAAAGGACAGUGUCUAUCAAGCGUUGCAUCUCGGUUGCAACCGUUGUAACCAUUCGUCAUUGUGCCGCCGCCGGGCAAUAAAUUGCGUACAACUACCAAAUUCGUCUCUCCGAAAGCACGGACGCCGUCGGCAAGACAAUAUUAUUCUCCACAAAAUCAUGAUUUAGGUUAGUAAAGUAAAAUAAUAAUUACGAAUUCAUCUCAUUAUGUAAUUUUGAUUUCAGUUUAAUAUUAAAAUGCGCGCGAACCUCAAUGUUUUGUUGUAAAUUAUGAGAUAUAAGUUAUAUGAAUUGUGUACAAGAUUAGAUUACAUCUACUUCAUUAAAUUCGAAAAUCGUAGAUAAGAUAACAAUACGCUGUUCAUUCCAGAUUGUUUAGUUUAACCAUUUCAUUAAGCUAUCUCAUCGACAUACGUGAUAUAAAAUAUUUAUUAUAUAUUAUUACUUAGGAUUAUUAUUUAUUAUAAAGAUAUCUAAAUCAAAGUCUUUAACGCUGAAUUGAAUCGAAUUUUAUUUCUUUAUUCGAAUCUGAAUCGACCCGAAUCAAUAAAAUUUUAUUUGAAUUAAAUUAAGUUGAAUCGUUGAAAUGCGUCUUUUAAUUAUUUUUAUUUAUACUUAAUGAUAUUUACAUAUUAAUUAUUAUAUUUAGUUAUGUUGAAAGUAAUCAUUGAUAGUCUGAAUUUUAAAACAUAAUUUUUAAAAAUUGCUAUGUGAGAAAAAUAAUAUCGAUUUUAUGUGAGAGAAAUAAUAUUUUAAAUAUGAUUUUAUAAAAUUGUCAAUACAUAAUAUUCAAAGAUAUUGGAUUAAAAAUUUUGAAAUAGUUCAUAUUUGAAUCGUAUUCAAAUAGUUCCCACAUCUCUAAUUUAUUAUUUAGCUUUAAAUAGAAUUUGUUCCGAAAUAAUAAAUAAAAUAUUUUACUUUUUAUCGCGUAAAAUCUAUAUUUAUCUAUAUAAAUCAGAGAAAUAAAAUUUAAUAUAUAAAACGCGUGUUUUCGACGGCAUCCAUGCUCAACAAUAUUUCAAUCUUUUGCCCGUCAUCUAUUUUUUUCGAGAUUGACAACAAAGAACUCGAGUAUUUAAGAGCGGUGCGCACACGCGAAACAAUUACUUCUUAAUAUUUUUGGGACCACUCUGAUUAAGGACACUAUCGAGCGCGAGCUCUCAGGAGCCGAUCCUAAAUGUAAACGGUACCAGUAUUAAGGCUCCUUGUUUUUUUCGUCGAAAGCGCGAACUUCACGAAGAAAGUAGGAGAAAGGAAGAGCAGGACAGAAACCGAACGGAAGACUAUCCUCGAGAAGAUCGAACAAAAGGCCGAAUAAAUGGAUGCUGAAGCUCAUUUUAAACAAUCUACAAUUCGCGUCAAAAUUUAGGAUGGAAUACAAUUUACAAUCUUACCUGGAACAUGUAAAACAAAAAACAUUCGGAGAUUUAGAAUACACUUACAUACGCUCUAAAUCUCGUAGAGUGAAACAUCAUUUGAAAAGAUUGAAAAUUAAGCUUGUGCAAUUUUUCGAGAUUUUGCCACUCUAAUAAGUCUAAACUUACUUCAAUAUAGUAGAAAUUGAGCUUGUGCUAUUUCCGAGUGAUUUUUUCACUCUACGAGAUUUCAAAAGUUUGUAAAAUAUAAAUUGAAAUAUAUACAUACGACAAAAUAUCACAUAUAAAAUUAUAAAAAACAAUCUAAUUUAAAAUCUGAUGCGAAUUAUAUAUCAUUUAAAAUAAACUUAAUGUCGGCCGGCCAUAUCCCUAAUUGUACAUAUCCGUGAUUCUUCGGUAGCUGUUAUGUUAUAAAAAGAAAACGCACGUAAUACAUAUAAAUAUGAUCGUAUAUACGUACAAUAUGCGUUAUUCUCGAAGGGCCGUCGAGCGGCAUUUUUGUGGCAUGUUUCGAAGUUAAAGAAAAAAAAAAAAAAA